AUGGAAAAAAUCCACUCAGAUGUAGGCCACACGGAUGAACGCCACACGGAUGUAGGCUACACAGACGAAGGCUACAAGGAUGAAGGCCACACGGAUGAAGCCCACAUGGAUAAACGCCUCAUGGAAAAGGGCAACAAGGUUGUAGGCCACAUGUAUGAAGUCCACUCGGAUGAAGACAACAUGGAAAAAGGCCAUACGGAUGAAGGCCACACGGACGUACACCAUAGGAAUGAGGAUGAAGGCAACACGGAUGUAGGCCACAAGGAUGCAGGCCAGAGGGAUGAAGGCCAAAUGGAUGAACGCUAUCAGGAUGAAGGCCACAUGGAUGAAGGUUACAAAGAUGAAGACAACACGGAUGAAGACCACGUGGAUGAUGGCCACACGGAUGAAGGCCACACAGAUGAUAGCUUCAAUGAUGAAGGCCACAUGGAUGAAGGUGACACAGAUGAAGACCACAAGGAUUAA